UCCUGAAAAAGACGAUGUGAAAGCGAUGUGCGUUUGGAUGAAGCGCAAUGAGCCAACUGAGCAAGCUGGGUACUGGAGGAAUAUAAAUCGUCGAAUGGAAGAAGUGGGACCAAUUCUUCGCUACAUCUUUGAUGAAAGCAAAUACAAUGGUCGGGUUCAAUCGUGCAAAGAUACCGUUUGUAAACUGAACCGCAUCGAUGCCGAAUAUUACCUUCAUUUCGGAACUACGCAAAUGUUGGGUGGUGACAAAGUGUCUCACAAACUUGUAAGGAUCGUCCGAGUACGAGGAGUACGCAAUAUUGAAUCGACCUUUAAUGGACUGAUGUCUCCUCAUCUCGGAAAUUUAACUUUAUGCAAAUUGGCGGAGUUAAUGCCACCGAAUGAUUUUAUUUUACUCAUAUUGGCCAUCAAGGACGAUCUCUUAUCAAAAGCCCUUGAAAAGUAUUCCGUGUUUACGUUUUUGAGCGAGGCCUUUGUAAAUGCAAUAAUACCGAAACUCAGGGAGCUGAAACUGCAAGAAGAUGCUCCGCCACACCGCUGUGCGCUGGAAUUGUGUCCACAUGAGCGCCCUCUCAAGCCCCUUCCUUUACCGUUACUGGAAAAUUUUAAGAAGAAGAUUGAAAUAGAGUCUCGGGUGCUGUACAAACCGGUGGCCCAAAACUUUCCGUUGGUGGACGCCUUUUUCUUCAUGGAGUCAAAUCCGAAGACCAUGGUUGGGCUGCAGAUUACUACGGCGAGUGCGCAUCACACCAUACCCAGCACCGUGAAUCAGUUCAAAGAAAAAAUGGCGACAUAUUUUAAUGGUUGGGAGGAAUUUUCUGAGGGUUUGUCGUGGGAGAUUGUUUAUAUACAACACGCAGACAGCACGCCCAUGACUGGCUGGCAGAGAUGUGGUCCCCUCAAAACCGAUAAUUUGAGCCCCGCUGAAAAAGAAAUUGUGGCGUUCUGGGAGAAGGAGGUACACCAGUACCAAGUGUCUGUAUCAUCCAGAGACUUUAGAAGAAAAGAAGCUCCCCCAAUUGUGGAAGAAGAACAAGAACAGGAAACAGAAUAG